UCCAAUUUAAUUAUUGCUCUCGAAUCGUGUGUGUUUUCUGGUGUUUUGGACCAUGGUCAACGCUCUGUGGGCCACGUUAAUAUCGCUCACUUUAAUAGGCCGCGUUUUGGCCAACGAUCUGUUCUCCCUGCCACCUGCCACGAGUCACAAAGAGGAGCUGCUUGAGGAAUAUGGCCGAUUUCUGCUGUCCACCAUGAACAGGAGCAUCGAUCCCUGCGAGAACUUCUACGAGUUCAGCUGUGGCGGCUGGAAGAAGGCCGACUUGGUGCCGGAACAGGCUAGGAAUACCAGUUUUCUGCACGCCAUCCAGCACAAGAUCGAUGAGCAGGUCCUGGGCUUCCUGCAGAACGCCACCAAACGGGAGCUGGAGGAUCUGGGUGUCAAUGGCACCAGAUCGGCGGAGAUUAAGGCCAAGCAAUUCUAUGCCAGCUGUGUGGAAAUGAAGGCCAACUUGUCGCUGGGCUAUCAGUAUUUACUGGAACUCGAUGAGGAUCGUUUGAGGGACACCAAUGCCACCUACGAUUGGAUGUACAUCAACUUCAUGUCCAAAUACGAUAUAUAUCCUCUGCUACCUCUGAAAGUUCACUAUAGUACCUCAAGCAGGAAGUUCGAUUUACUCUUUACUUUGCCCAGUAAAGUGCUAGCCGGCAUAAGUGAAGAGCAGCUAAAAAAUAUGACCAGAGAGUUUGGCUUGGAUACGAGUGCAGAGAAGGCUAAGCAGUUUACGGAGAACUUUGCCAAUCUCACUCAAUUUGAGAGGAAUUUAGUUUCGGUCGCCAAAAUGCGCAAUGAAACGGAGCAGUUAAAUUUCAAGGAUUUUCUGGCCAAACACAAACACGAUCGCUUGAAUUGGACGCGAUUUUUCGAACUGGCCUUUAACGGCAGCCAGGAAUCCCACUGGCCAGUGCUCAAUCAGCUGGAUAAUGUCAACGAUUUGGUUUACUUUCUGGAACAAACCAGUCUGGAAACGCUGAAGGGCUAUAUUCGAAUGCGAGAACUGCUGAAGUUUUAUGGCCUGUGGAAAACUCAAACUAAAAUGGGGGGAGUUCAGAGCGAAUGUCGCUCUUUGUCGGAGACCUACUUCAAUUACGCUCUGCUGCCCUGGUUUAUUGGUAAGGUAUUCGACAAGGAGAGACGUGCGGAUAUACUGAGCGUGGCGAAGGAUAUUAAGGACACGUUCUACGAUCUCCUGGACCAUCAUACCUGGUUGGAUGACGAGACUCGGUCGCAAGCAAAAACCAAACUGGCCUCCAUGGACAUUUUGGUGGGCUAUACGGAUGAUCUGCAGCAUCGCGAGGUGAUUGAUGGAGUCUAUAACGAUAUCAAUAUGACCGGAAGUUGGUUUGAGAACCUGUGCAUCCUGGAGGGAAGUAGGGCCAGGAUUCGUCUGCGUUCGGUGGACAAGGCUUUGAUUCCGCUGCUCAUGCCCACGAGAACUGUGAACGCGUAUUAUGCUGAUUUUCUCAACCUGGCCUUCAUCACCAUCGGCAUGGCCCAGUGGCCCUUCUAUCACAUGGACUUUCCCGAUGUCCUCAAAUACGCCGGAGUGGGUAAUAUAAUAGGUCACGAGAUGGCCCACGGUUUCGAUUCCUAUUGCUAUCAGUACAAUUAUGAUGGCAAGAAGACCAACUGGUGGUCUUCAGCUUCUUUGAGGAACUUUAAGGAACGCUAUCGCUGCCUGGAAUCGCAGUAUAACAAAUUUAUUCUGAUGGGCAUCCAAACUAAUGGUUCGCUCACCUCUGGCGAUAACAUAGCCGAUAAUGUUGGCACCCGAAUGGCAUAUUAUGCUUUCAAGCGGAAAACCGGCGACAAGGCUUGGCUGGAAAAACCUCUGAGGGGUGUGAGCUUUAAUAACAAACAGUUGUUUUUCGUAAAGUUCGCCCAAACCUGGUGCAAUGGCAAGGAUAAUGGCGAUAAGCUGCGGAGACUGAAGACUGAUGUCCAUGCCUACGACGAGUUCCGGGUUCAGGGCACCUUGAGCAAUAUGCCCGAGUUUAGUGAGGCUUUCAACUGUAAACUAGGCACGGAAAUGAAUCCGCUCAAGAAGUGCGUGGUUUGGUGA